AUGCACCAAAUGCGGGAAACCAGCCUGGUUUUGGCCACAGUAACUCUGUCUCCGGGCUCCCUGUGCCCGCGCUGCUGCUGUGGCGCUGGGGGGGGCUCAGAACCCGCCUGCCCCGGCAUUCCAAGCAGUUGCUGGGUGUUGAGGUCACCUCCACCUGCUGGUAGACUCUUCCUCCGCAGGCCAUGGAGCAGCAGCACAUUUCCAAGAGGCUCACCUAGGACACACCUGCCCAGGGGUUUUGGCUCUGUAGAAAAAGCUCUGGGCUCGAUGGAACAGGCACAGUCUUCGCUGGCGGUUGGGGAUGAAACUAACAGGCAGUUGCCAGCACUGGAAAAUGUCUCUCAGCACACAGUGCUUGCAGCAUUAAAGGCAAAUAUUAGGAUGAGUGAACAAGGAUUGGGUCUCAUAGUCAUACAGAAUGGGCCAUAUCUCCAGAUAACAAGCCUUGUUGAAAAAAGCUCUGCGGCUAAUGAUGGAAAGCUAAAACCAGGUGACGUUCUAAUAAAAAUUGGACAUGCUAACAUUUUUGGAUGGACUCUGCGAGAGCUUGGGCAACUCCUGCACAAUAUUCCUGUAGGAACUACUCUACAAAUCAGAGUUUACAGAGAUUUCGUUGAAGUACCUCAACACUGGCAAAGUGCAGUUGAAUUAAUUCCUGAAGUAAAGCUUCCUGUGAUGACAGAAGACACAAGUGAAGACGCUGAAGAUGAAGACGACACUGAGUCCAGUAGCAAUGACGAUGGAGACAUGGAAACUUUCUGGUAUAAAUCAUCCCAGUCAUACUGGUAUGAGUUACCAUUGAUAUCCAAAAUUGGGCAGGUAUCUGAUACAGGCCAGGCACUUCGCAGAGACACCAGCUGCGACGCUGAACUUCAUAAUGAUGUUGAUGCCUUGCGCAAUCCUAAGUCUGAUGCCAGUGGUGUUAGACCUCCUUCAUGCUGGGCUAUGGAAAAUAGUGAGACCAGGUCCUCUUCCUCCUGCCCUUCUGUAUCAGAUACAUCCUAUCUGGAAGAAUUUACCUUUGUUUCAGAAUAG